AACCGAACGAUGGACCUUCGUCGCCUGGAGCUUACGACAAUAGCAACAACAUACCUCACACGAUCGCUUCGUUGUCACCAGCGACGACGGAGGAUGUUCCGAUUCAACCGUCGCCGUUGAAGGAACUGCCGGACAAUCCGCUGCUCGAAGUCGGCUCGAUGGUGGAGGUCGACGUGGAAAAGGCCGAACUUUACGGUGUCAUUCGUUGGAUCGGACCACUGCACAGUCCUGGUACGAGCAGCAGCAACACCCGGGUGAUGGUCGGCGUGGAGCUCGAAGACGAACCGAUGGAACCGAACAUCCGCGCCACCGAUGGGUCGUACAAUGGGGUCAAGCAAUUCAAAUGUCCAGCCAAUCGGGCGAUUUUUGUCUAUCCGGCCCAAUGCAGCCAGGAUCGUCGUUUCCAGGACGUGGUGGCUACAUCUCCAUCCGCGCCCAAAAUUGUGGCAUCUACGUCCAAGUCCACGUCCGAUGCUAACAACAUGUUCGGCAAGGUGGACUGCCCGAUCGUGGUGGGUGCCGUGGCACCGUUGAAAAUUUUACAACAGGAGGAAUUGGAAUCGAUUUGUGGUCCGUUCCGAGGAAUUCAGGGGCACCACAACUCUUGCUAUUUGGACGCAACUUUAUUUUCGAUGUUUACUUUUACGAGUGUUUUUGACUCGCUGUUAUUUCGGCCCAGGGAACCCGAGGAUAAUCCACAGUACGAGGAAGUCCAAAGGGUACUUCGGGAGGAGAUAGUCAAUCCGUUGCGCAAGAACCACUUUGUUCGGGCCGACAGGGUGAUGAAGCUACGCCAACUGUUGGACCGGCUUAGUUCGGUCACCGGACUCACCAGCGAGGAAAAAGAUCCGGAGGAAUUCCUUAACAGUCUGCUGGCUCAGAUUUUACGAGCGGAUCCUUUCCUGAAGCUUAGUUCCGGCCUGGAUACAUUCUACUAUCAGUUGUUCGUUGAGAAAGAUGAUCAGUUGAAGUUGCCAUCUGUGCAGCAGCUGUUCGAGCAGAGCUUCCUGACGUCCAAUAUUAAGUUGAAGGAAGUUCCAUCCUGUCUCAUAAUACAAAUGCCACGUUUUGGAAAGAACUUCAAAAUGUAUCCUCGGAUAUUACCCUCGCAGGUUUUGGACGUGACAGAUAUUAUCGAGGAUUCUCCUCGCCUGUGUCACGUGUGUGGUAUUCUGGCGGAACAUGAAUGCCGCGAAUGCAUGGGGUCGAUGGUGGGCGGAGUCACUCUGGAGGCUACGGCAUUUUGUAAAGAGUGUCUCGACAAGAGUCACCAACAUAUGAAACGUCUGAAGCAUACGCCCAGUCCCCUAAUUGUUCCGAAGGAUUUCAAGAUGAUGGCCGCACACUGUCAAGUGCCACGGUUGUUCAUGGAACUGUUCGCCGUGGUGUGUAUAGAAACUUCUCAUUAUGUGGCGUUCGUGAAGGCCGGUGCCGGUGCGGAUGCCCCGUGGGUGUUCUUCGAUUCGAUGGCGGACAGGAAAGGUGAACAAAAUGGCUACAACAUUCCGGAGAUGAUCCCGGUACCCGAUCUGCCUCAGUGGCUUUCCGACGAAGGUGCCCGGCAGCUGAACGAGACGGCCGUCAACGACAAGAUGCUACCUGAGCAUGCCAAGCGACUACUCUGUGAUGCCUACAUGUGCAUGUACCAAAGCACGGACGUCAUGAUGUAUCGAUAAGAAGGUUUCGAAUGACCUUAGGCAUCUCUCUAGCUCUCCUCCUUGUUCACACACUUUUUGCAAUACUUACCUCCCACAGAAACCAACUCCUACUAAUACCUGUUACUACUAUCAUGCUAUCAUUGGUGAGGCAAUCGUGUACAAUUCGUGCAGCUUUUGCACGCAAACAUCAGUUCAAUACAAUUUGUGGAACAAACAUCGACCGUAACCCUGUUGGCCGUGUUAGUUUCUCCAGAUUCAUACCAAACAACGCGGAAUGGCAUAGACUAGUGCCAACGUUUAAAUUAAUAUCGUGAUUUCCAGAAAGAGCAGAUAUAUACAUAUAUUUACAUAAUAUUUUGAGAAAGUACAUCUACUUGAAUGUAAUCUUACUGCUGCAAACUUGACACUUAAGAAAAAAAAAGUAAUAUGAAAGCCAUAAAGUGAACGAAACAAAUGCAAUGUUCUACACACAAACACAAUGUGACCACGACACGACAGUUCAAAUGUACACAAAAGUGAGCUUUUGGAAAUGAAGCAAAUCUAAAAUAAAGACACACAACUUUACUGUUCUUAGUGCAAAACUGCAAAGCUUUCGUAAUUGGCAACACGUGAGUUGUUCGUGCAGCCGAAAAUAGUUUGAAUGUGGCCAAAGUGGAUUGCUUUAUCUGUUGAUCAACGAUUAUUACACAAUCGGAUUUAGAGAGCGUUAUUUCUUACAUUGGAUAAUAAUAAAACACAACCGAAACGGUAGCUUUAAUUACAAUUUAGCGGGCGUGUAAAACAAGACAACCGAGUCCAGGCGACUCGUAGGUGGAUCUCAGAGGCUCCGAGGGUUUCCUGUGUCGUGGACUAGUUUCUCCAUUCAAUAUUGCCCGGACGUACAGUAGCGUUCAAAAUAAUUUAGCAACAUCGCGAGUAUAAGGGAAAUUGUAUCGCUUUGGUUCGAUGAAACUGUUCCAGGGACAAAGACACACGAAAGGAUUACGUAAUAGUUCGUACUGUACAUGGCGACCGUAACAGUUCUUCCGCUUGUGACCGGACACCGAUGAACGGACGCUUACUCUGCAAGUAUGAUUCGACGGGAAGUUUCAGUAACUAUGUUUAGAACGGAAAUCAAUGCAAUACUAACUUACUAUAUAUUAGCACAAUAGCAAAGAAAAGCAAACCUAGCGCUAACUGUGGCUAUUACCGUUAUGCUUAUUUAGGAAUAUUAGCUCCUAUAUACAUACAUACAAACACUUAAUACUUUUUGAUACCGCGGUUUGUGCGCGUUAGAUUGUUGGAACUGAUUUAUCGCUACUACUACUACUAGUCGGGCGGACGGAUGAACACGGUGGAUGGAUAAUGCCGAAUACAGCAGUAUCAAUGAUAAGUACACCAAAUUUGUUAAAAAAAAAACGAGGCAUUAUAAACGCAAAAUUCUGUACCUAGUUGAAAAUAAACGAAAAACAAAUGA